AUGAGACUCAUCAUUCUAGUACACAUUCUCGCCACCAUUAAACUCUGCAGUGCGGGUUGGCCUAGUUGUUUUGGAUGCAGAAGAGGAUCUGAAGACGAAGAAUCUUACGACUUGAUGAGAGCCCAUGAUUUUGAUGACGAUAAUGUUACGGAAAACGACUCAGAUUGGCAGAAAACUACAACUCGCAUGGAAGAGAUUCCUAUCGCUCUUGACAUUUCAAAAAACACUUCUACCAUAAUACGCGCUUCUGGAACGCUAAAUAGCGGAGUUAAAUAUGUCGAUUACUUUCCACGAAAGAGCUUUUUUAUCAAUUUAGUUUCUCAAGACGGGGUUGGUAUAUGGACUGCCUCUGGAGAUGAACGGUGUGUACUAUCGGAAGUUUAUGAAAGAGGCGAAUGCACUAUUCUUAGCUUAAACAUUACAACUGCAAACUCGUACGAAUCAAAGUACUUUGAGAAAGAAGCUCAGGGGUGGAAAGAAAUCGCUUUUGUGGACUUUUUUGCAAAACUAGAGGGAAUGAAGUGUAGCUCUUGA